AUGGAGAGCGACUUGAAGCUGCAACAUCUGAAGCGACUCCGCGAGCAAGAGGCUGGUCGCGAAGUCUUCGUGAGGCCGUUGCCGUUGGAAGCAACUGUUGAUGACGUGAGACAGAUGGUGGCCAGCAAAUGCGGGGAGGAGUCAGUUGCAAUUGACCGUGUGAAGCUGCUGAAGACUGGCGGUGGCACACUCCUAAGUGCCUUCGUCACGCUCAGCUCAGAAGAAGAGGCGCGGCACUGCACCGCGCGGCUGAAUGGCGCCCGCUACGCUGGACAGGUCCUGGCCGCCAGCGUCGCGCGGAAUCGCGAAGGAUCCCAAGGGCCGCGGAAGGCGAAGGAGCUGUGCAUGUUCUUUUUGGAGGGCAAGUGCUCCAGAGGUGAGGCCUGCCAAUUUGCACAUGAGAAGAGCGCGGUGGGUGGCCGGCGCCUACCGCCCUGCCGCUUCUUUGCUGCAGGAGACUGCUCUCGUGGCAAGGACUGCAAGUUCUCGCACGAGAAGCAAGAAAGGGUGGACGCAACUGGAGAACAGCUGCUUCCGCAUCACCCAAGGUGUCCUGAUGAAUUUAUUGAGGUUGAGGGUACUGGAUCCUGGGCUGAUGGUUCUGGAUGCAGCUAUCAGGAACAGUAUGCGCAAACCUUCCUGUCGGACCGAUGGUGUACUAGGUUGCUCAGCCCAGCAGAGCCUAAUCAUCCUGGCUGGGUACAGACAGAGUGUGAGAUGAGCUCUCCUGCGCUUUGCAGCUACCCUCUGAGCAUUGCCUCUCGAUGUUGUGUGAGGUACGAGACGUCCGAGGGCUAUUGUGAGCCGAACCACUUCGGAGCCAGCCUCUGCUCUGUGUCCUCCUCGAAGGAACCUGAGGUUUCUUCGACCUGUUCCGGCGCCUUUGCUCCCUCAGACUUGCCCAUCUACGGCGAUUGGAGUCGCGAGACGGGCUUUGCCUACUUCCACCCUGACAACUGCGAUGAGGCAUGCACUCAAGCCCGCUGCAACAAUGACAGUAGCUGCCAGGGAUAUACCUGGGCCACUGGUGCCUUUGAUGGCCGUGGCGCGGGCUCCUUAAAGAACAGCAUCACGGGCUUCAAUUCCUGGGGAGGAUAUCUUUGCAAAGUCAAAGUAUCGACUUGUGAGGCGACAGGAGAAGAAACCACCGCUGCGGCCAGCUCCAACGUGGACAGUGCCAGCAAGGCUGAGGAGGUCGCCUUGGCCAUACUGCUUGGAGGCCUCAUGACCUUCUGA